UUUGAUGAGACUCAAGUUCUCGCAGAAUUAUCCUCGUCACAGCUUCUCCUAAAUCCGAAACUGCCUCCAAAUCAACAAUCGUCCAAGUGCAUCACUUCGAGCUCCGCAAUCGUAUUGAAGGCUCCGAGGCUUCAAGCUUUGAGGAGGGUCAAGAAAGCAGGUUUUUGAACCAUCUGCUUGAAACUUGAGAGAGACCAGUCGACGUCGGCGGAAGCCAAAGAGGACUAAACCCAACAGCCACAGCACAACUCAGACGACGAGCCAUACGAUCUCGCAAUCUGCUGUUGCUUGCUUCACAAUCACGGUACCGAUCACAGCAACAUCUGUUCAACACCCUUGGUCCAAAUAGAGUUUACUUUGCUCACAUUAUCAUCAGUUUUCCUCGUCCUAUCGAGACUUUGGUGUCCUUUCUGGAAUUGCUAAGUAUCAGCUGCAUAGAGAAAGCCGCCGGCAACGAUUUCACAAGGCAACGAGCUUCUGUGGGCGCAUCUUGAUUUCUUUCUGGAUAUCUACCACUGCGGCGUAGCCUUUGUUCGGACGCCUUCGUCCCCAACAGCCACCUUCAUCGAAGCCAUUGACUCUUUGGCUCUCCAAAUACCGGAAUCGCACUGCCGCGCCGCACUGCACUACGAGCCAAGAUGAACCGUGGUGACUCGGAUGCUACGAAAUCACAGAGUACUGAACUGUGGUGUCAGCCCUUGCUGUUUCCUUCGCGCGGCGAUAAUGACGGGCAAGAGACUGCCAUCAUGCCGUCUUUGCACUCCCUGGAUCGUUCUCGGCUCAAGCGUUCCAGAGGAGAUGCACAAGAAAUGCAAAGCGGUAUCAGCGCAACUAUUUUGCCUUCUUCUCAGCUGAAACCAGUGUUUUCAAUACAGUCCUUAUCCUUGGACCGAGGCGCCAUUGCCCCUGCUUUGGCCAGCCCAACUGCUCCAUUUGCCAGGUCGGAACGCAAGAAAGCCUAUGUAUCUGCCCUUUUUUACAGCGAAUGUUUCCACCGGAAGAUUCAACCCGUGGAUGCCGAUUCAGCCUCUUUUGACAUUCAGAAUCAGUAUACCAAAUGGUGGGUCGAUGCCAAGAAGAAGCAGACUUGCACUCCAACUGAUGCUGGCAGUGGUAGCAGUCCAGAAGAAGACAACCCAAGCAGCAAGAAACGCAGGCUUCCUGAUCCUAACAGUGAAAAAUGUGAUUCUGGAAUGAUUGUUUCCUCGUCUUUGAGACCCUACUUGACCCAGGAAAUGGUGACACUGCUCAAAGAUCGCUUCAUUGAACAACUACAAAAGACGGGUGGCGACACCACCACUGCUGAGUUCCAACGCUGUCUGGAGCAGCUACGAUCCGUGUACGUUUCGGGGUUCCCUGGUAGUAGCUAUACCAACAGGAAGAGCCAUCUUUGCGGCGCCCACGGCACGUGGCUGACUCUCUCCAAACCUACCUAUUCAGAAUGCCUCGGGCGAAACGAGAAUGGCGAAAGCAUCUACACCUUGGGGCGAAUGUCUUUUGAUAUGUUCCGUCCAAGCAACUUGAGGUGUUCUAUUCGAGCUGUCAUGAACAAUGUUCGGGUCAUGGAUCCCAAGAGCAAGCCCCCGUCGUUCCCGCACCGAUUAGCCAAGGAACUGAAACAGCACCGAGGAAGAAAAAGUCACAAUCCUAUUCACCAUUAUGACAUUGUUGUGGCGUUUACGAUCGAAGCCAACCAAACACGUAACGGGACGGAACCCAAGACUGCCGACGCAAGCCAUGGCGACGAUGAGUUUGUGGUUACCCGCCCGAUCCGUGGCCUGAUGACCAACCAUGGCUACAUGGUGGCCGAUCCCAAGUGUCCCAACCGCAUGUCCAUUUGGUUCACUGGUGGAUCUAUGGAAGUGCAAGACGAGGUAGCGGACGCUGAGAUCUGGAAGCAGAUCUUUGAUGAGUCCCUUGCCCCCAGUCGAGACCUGAAGGCCAUGGCCAACCUGUUAGCAGCCAAGGUAUUGCUUGGAGCCUACACCACCACUACGAGUGUAGACUCCAACACUGGUAACAGCAUUACCACCAAUGACGUGGAGGAUCAUCCCCCUUCGCCGUCAUCCACGUCAACAUGUUCGAAUGAGAGCAACGACGACAGCGCACCAAUCAUGAGUUACUUCUUCAAGCGCCCCAUUGGGGGGCAUGGAGAAGUCUACUGCGAUACCCUCUACAUUGACGAGAAUCUGCGCAUUAUGCAAGGCCACCACGGGUCUACUUAUGUGUUCACGAAGGUCCCAGACUGCUAAUGUUCUGAGACUCGUGAAAAUGCUGGUGAAUCCUGCAUUCUUCUAACCGAAACAAGAAACAAUGAAUAUUUGUGAAUACGACGAUCCUCUCUACGUUCAUUUCAUUCACCAUUCGACCUGUACAUACAAUUCAUACCCGUGUUCCCAUGCGGCCGUUCGAUUUGUACAUACCAUGAGAGCUAUUACCAAAGACCCAAUUACCUAUACUGCUCGUAGCAACCGGUUUUGGUGCCUCGCAUUUCACGAACACCACAGCUUUUACAACAUUGAAUAAUAUAAAUGAGUUCUACAUGUGCAUUGAGAGCAUUCACGAGCAAACUGCUUGCCCAUCUAGCUAGCUAGUACUAAUAGUGUAAUAAUAGUAAUGACA